GGGGAGGGGGGGCGAGGGGAAUGAUUUGACGAGGGGCAGACCUGUGUUUGACGUUGUGGCCUUCCCCGCUAUGCAGGUGACAGCGACAAUGGCUCCCUCUCAUCAAAAGCAGCUGAAAGAGGACUUGAAGACGCACUUCACGGAYGAUGGUCCCGCRGGGAGGAACCCAGGAAAAGGGUCCAAGCAUUGGAUUUGCAAGUACUGCGAGACCCGAUUCGACGGGACGGCGUCGCAUCUGAGAACCCACUUCCUGAAGAAGUGCAGCCUGGACCUCCUGACUAGACCGUUGUCCGUGGAGGAGAGGGCGAGAAGGGCGGAGGGGAUUCGCAUGGGGAAGGCCCUCGGAGAGCUCAUUGAAAGGGGGGAGAAGAGUUCUACGCUGACGAGCAACCUGCCAUCUGCCAGUAGUCUAGUCACCGGACCGAUACGUGCAUGUAGUGGAGCGGCUGAUGCUGGUGGUGUACCAUUGCGGGUGGCGACUUCUGGGGAGUGCGGCCGUGCAGCGCCCCAAACAGGUCGACCAAUGAGGCAAACGCUUAUCGAGGAUGCGGACAGCAUCAUUACUCGUAAUGAACACACGAGCCGCUUCCUCGAUAACUUCCUGUUCUGCACGAACCAACCCUUCAGUCUCGUUGACAACGAGUACUUCCUCGAGUUCAUUGACGCGGUCAAGAAGGCACAUCCAUCAUGGCUGCCAUACCACAGGGAUGACGCACGAACGAGGAGGUUGGACAGUGCGUUUGGAAGGACGAGAGCAGAUGUGACCGCCAUGACCACGAAGUGGCAGGUAACGGGCUGCAUGCUUCAGAUGGACGGUUGGUCUGAUAGACGCAAUCGCCCCCAUCUGAAUGUGAUGGUGUCGUCCCCGAUCGGGACUGUCUUUUGGAAAUCAGUGUGCAUGGAGGGGAAAGACAAAGACUCGGCGGCGUAUUUCAAGAUCCUUGAUGGAGUAAUGAAGGAGAUCGGGUCAAACGCAGUGGUUGGCGUUGUCAUGGACAAUGCAAGAGUGUGUGUGAAGGUGGGUAAGAUGGUGGAGGCCGCUUACCCUCAGAUUUUUCGUGUCGGCUGCACAGCGCAUGCCCUCGAUUUAGCACUUGAGGACAUGUACAAGCAGCUCGGUUGGCUGGCGGUGGUCGUCGACACCGGCAAUGUAGUCGGCAAAUUCUUCACGAAUGUGGAGAAGGCGAGGGCUAUGUUCGACAAAUUCUCGCCGAAUUUGAAGUUGAAGCGGCCGGCGUUCACGCGAUUUGCCACGAGUCACGACAUGCUGGCUUCGUUGACGAGAGGGAGGAAUGAACUCGAGAAGUGCGUCUGCGACACGGCGUGGGUGGACAAGAUGGUGAGGGCGGAUCAGCUCGCCGCUUUCUGUGAGGUCACCUCCAUUGUGCUGGGAAGGGACGGGUUUUGGGACAAGGUGGAGAAGGCCCUCGGAGUGAUGUCUCCUGUUGUGGAGCUGUUGCGCCUGGUCGACGGGCCAGGCGCAACAAUGUCGAAGGUCUACUUCAAGAUGGAUGCGCUAGUCGAGAGAAUGCGCGGCCUCGAGUGUGUCACCCCGGGUGAGAAGGCCGACAUCGAGGACAUUCUAAUGCAUCGGUGGUCAUUCAUGACGAGUGAGCUGCACUGCGCGGCUGCCUUCCUUGACCCGAAGUUCCGGCACAAUGCAUUGGCAGAGCGGGAUCGGGAGGUUCGUGCGGGGUUCAACAUUUGGUUGUACUCGUGGGCGCCGAAAGAUAAACCCACCCUCGACGAACUGAGCCGGCAAGUUGAUGACUGGACCAAACUGCGUGGGUCAUUCAACAUACGAGAGGCAGCGGAGGCGGCGCAUGUGAAACCAGCGGCCUUGUGGUGGGAAGCAUUUGGGGGAAAGUUGGACCUUCUGCAGCCGCAAGCCGUCAAAUUGCUUGGCCAAGCAAGCUCGUCCGCUGCAUGUGAGCGGAAUUGGAGCUUGCAUGAGCUCAUUUUUGGAAGACGGUGCACGAAGCUCAUGCUGGAGAGACUGUCAAAACUGGUGUUCAACAACUGGAACACCCAAUUGAUCCAGAGUUACAUCUGCGGCGGUAAGGAGGAGGUCCACAUCCCUUGGGAGGAUGACCGACCGGUGCAGGCGGAAGUUGAGGAGUGGUACAACACGUGGGUGGCGACGGCGGUGUCCAAUGACGAUGACGCAGCAGCCACGCUCGAUGACGCGCAGGUGGGAGAGGAGGAUGGGGACGAGCCACUCAUGCGAACUUGGCUGCGAAAUGACGAGUGGGAUGACCAAGAGUGUGAGACGGAGGACAUAGCCCUCGUGGGCUCGAGGGAAAAGGACUAGCACAAAAACCGGCCGCUACAGGGAACGCGAGCUGCGGAGGAAAUCAGGCAAUUCGCAGCCCUUAUCGG